UUAUGACAUGCCUAGAAUGGACCAGUUACAGUGGAUGUGGAAUCACCAGGUCAAAGAUUAAUCAGCGGCAGAUUAUUUAAAGGCCAUCAUAAGGCAAAAUCCUUGAGUUGACUGUUUCGGCCACAGGAUGAGGAGGCUUAGAUUUUCUUGGAGCUACGUGAAACCCCUGAUCAUCAUCCUCACGCCACUGUCAUUGCUACCACUACUAUUGGUUAUCAAGACAAAGGAAGCAGAAUGUGCAUACAUCCUGAUAUUAAUGGCUGUGUUCUGGAUGACAGAGGUCUUGCCUUUGUCUAUAACGGCCCUAUUCCCUGCGCUACUUUUCCCUCUGUUUGGAAUCAUGAAGUCCUCUCAGGUUGCGUCUGUGUAUUUCAAAGACUUCCAUUUGUUGCUGCUUGGAGUCAUCUGUCUUGCAACAGCCAUUGAGAAGUGGGGUCUUCACCGCAGAAUUGCUCUCAAAUUGGUUACUUCGAUUGGAGUCAACCCUGGCAUGUUGAUGUUGGGGUUCAUGGUUGGCUGUGCUUUCCUGUCCAUGUGGUUGAGUAACACUUCAACUGUGGCUAUGGUAAUGCCAAUUGUCGAAGCUGUGAUUCAGCAGGUAUUGGAUGCAGGAGAUGAGUCCAGCAAAGAACACAAGGGGGCGUUAAAUGGUAUUGCAAAUCCUGCUCUUCAGCUUGAAGAUAUUGAGGCCCAAUAUGAGCAAACUGAAAAGAUAAAAAGCAUAGAAGCAGGCAUUGUGGAGCCAGUCCAAACAGUCCAGACUGAAACUCCAGAUGAACCUGAAACUGUUAAGGCACCAGCUCCACAGUCACAUGGAAAGUACAGGACCCAUGAAGAUCACAUGAUGUGCAAAGGCUUGUCACUUUGCAUUGCCUACUCUUCAUCCAUUGGAGGGUUGACCACCCUACCAGGGACCUCAGCAAACCUCAUCUUUGCUGAAUAUAUCCAUCAGUACUACCCAGAAUGCAAGAUCGUUAAUUUCGGGAACUGGUUUGUGCUUUGUCUUCCCAUCUGCAUAAUUAUGCUGGUUUUGUCAUGGAUAUUCCUACACUGGAUGUUCCUUGGAACCAACUUUCGUGCAAGUCUGUGCUCCAGUGUACAGUCGGAGAAGGAAAAAAACACUGCCAGAUUGCUGAAGAAUCAGUACAAGUCACUGGGGUCCAUAAGACCCCAGGAGAUUAUCAUCUUGGUUAUCUUCAUUCUGAUGGCCAUUUUAUGGUUUGUGCGAGAGCCAGGUUUCAUGCCAGGGUGGUCAUCACUGUUCGCUGGUUACCGAGGCUACGCUACGGAUGCCACUGUAGCACUGUUUAUGGGUUUGAUGUUCUUCAUCAUACCCUCACACAAACCAAAUGCAGAUCGCUACGAGCCCUUGAUUACAUGGAAGGAAUUUCAGGCCUGCAUGCCAUGGGAGAUCUGUCUUCUCGUGGGUGGGGGUUUUGCUCUGGCUGAAGGCACAAAGAUUUCUGGUUUAUCGUCUUGGGUUGCUGAUUUGCUGACCCCUCUGGGAAAUCUCCACCCUUUAGCCACUGUUACCAUCGCCUGCCUUAUUGUCACCUCUAUCACAGAGGUGGCCAGCAAUGCAGCCACGAUCACAAUUUUUAUGCCUAUAUUGGCCCCCUUGGCCGAGGCAAUCGGAGUGAACCCUCUGUACAUGCUGAUUCCCACAGCACUCUGUGUUUCUUUUUCCUUCCUGCUUCCAGUUUCUAAUCCUCCUAAUGCCAUUGUCUUCACUUAUGGCCAUCUUUCAAGCAUGGAUAUGGUGAAGGCAGGCCUGGGCGUUAACAUUAUAGGUGUUCUUACAGUCUUAUUAGCUCUCACAACAUGGGGAACACCUCUAUUUAACAUGGACACCUACCCAGACUGGGCACCAGUGGCAAACAUCACUGGAGUAUGACCAUCAUUUUAAAUAUGUUAGAAAUAUGACAAUUUAUUACUUAGUUUAAAAUCACAUGGAAUCCCUUGCUGUCAGCUGAAUAGUUGACAGAGUUGUGCAGUCUUAGGGAAUGCUGUCGGUUGACAUCCUGGACUUCCUGUAAAGAGGCGUGGCAAGCUUGCCUCAAACAGUGUGCUUUAAGGAGCUCCAGGAGAUGUUCUGUCUGAACAUCAUUGUUUGUUUUGUAUUCUAAAAACUUUUGUAAGAGUCUUUGAGAUAAUUGCCUUAAGGACACAUUGAGUCCUUGGUUCUGUAUAGCAUCACUUUCUCAACUAUUUUGAGAUUGCAUUUGAAUUGGAGGGUAGUAAAAGCUGUUAAAAGAUGCUUAAAUGUAAAAAAAAAAAUGUAAUAAGCUUACACUUACAAGUUUGCUGCCAAUCCAAUGUCAAUAGUAAAUGUGUUGUAUUAGACAUAUUUGUUAAGGAGAGUUUGCAUGACAGGAUUAGUCCUGUUGCUGUCAGAAUGCACAAAAUGCUAACAUAGCACUUAACUUUUAAUAUUAUUUUCUAUUUUUGUUAUACUGUAGUAUGUGUAUAUAUAUAUAUAUAUAUAUAUAUAUAUAUAUAUAUAUAUAUAUAUAUAUAUAUAAGUGAAUUAUAUAAGUAGAAGAUUAAUAAUAAUGCAUUGUAAAGAAAGGAGACCAAAAAGUUAAUCGACAGAGUUAUAUUUUCAUUACAUUUUCAAGAAGACAAGUGUUUAUUUACACCUUUAUACUCAGCACAGACUUUUUCAUACAAAACUCCCUCUAGUGGUCAGCAAAUAAUAGCAAUUGGGCCUCUUGCAUAAUAUGCAUUUUGCUACUCCUGAGUUGGUUUCAGGGGCAUUAGUCAGAGUAUUACAUACUUUGAGAUUAGACAAUUGGAUUUUAGCAUGAAAUAUAUAUAUAUAUAUAUAUAUAUAUAUAUAUAUAUAUAUAUAUAUAUAUAUAUAUAUAUAUAUAUAUAUAUAUAUAUAUUACUUUUAUUUAUGAUAUUUAUUGUUUGUUUGUUUCAUAUUCUCCCCAAAUAAUGUCUUGCUUAACUGCCUUUAAUAUUCACCUAACAGAAAAUGUCUGCGUCUAUGAUUUGAAACUUAAUAUCAAUUUUGGCAUGAAUUGUUGGGAAAUUAUUCUUUUGAGAUAUUACUUUGUAACUUUUCAUUGUCCCUGCCUCCACCCCUAUCUCCAAAGAGACUGUAUAUUAGUCUGUCUUUGUAUAGUUACAAUAUCUCUUGGAGUUAACUAUUUGUCUCAUUGACUUGAAGCUACAAUACAAGAAUAAUUCGGUCUGCACUGAAUAUGUGUUUCAUAAUUUGUGCCAAUUUUUUUAAAAAUGAUUUAUUAAAACUAUUCAUAGCCAUCAUGUGCUGGCAGAAGUUGCUGAUUUUAAUAAACAAUAAUUUUGCCUUGUAUUUUGUGUGUACUGUCCAUUUGCCAU